UUGCUACUUCUCAGAUUCGUGGUAUCGAUGGACUCAAAAACUUCAUUGUAGGAGAAAUUGGUACUGCUCGCUUUGAUCUCUAUAAAAAUAGCGUACAUCCAAAAAAUCUUAUGGAUACGAAGAAGGCAAUUCUUAAUUAUUUUGAUCCCGAAAAAGAUAAUAAUCUAACGGUCAUUCCAGACGUGUGUCUAUUCCCUGAUUGUGGGAUAAAAGUUGAUAUCAUAUAUCCAGUCUUUACCUCUGCUAGGAGAGGUUCACAAUCAUCCCAAUCAAGUGGAACUUCGGCCUUAUCUAAUUUGAUGGGUGAAAAGUUUAACCUAUUUUCAUCAAUACCAGAAGAUCCGAUGAAGGAAGUCGAGGAUACCUGUCCAGCCAAAGAUAGCAGUAAGAAACGAACUAAUACAUUCACCGAAGAGUUAACUAGUAAGAAAAAGAAGACAUCUGAUAAGGAAGGCGAUUCCGCUAUGUUGAAAAAGCUUGUUAAGGAGCUAAAGGAUGAUAGUAGCAAUCAAGAAUUGUCAUUUCCCACCCAGUCACCCAAAGAUAGUUAUACUCAUCUCUAUAAAGAAAUCGUUAAAGCCGAACUUCAAAAUGAUUCUGCUAGUCAAAGGGUUUUACUUUAUUACUUCCAAUUUGGAAAGAAGAUAUAUGGACGCCUGGACUAUUAUAAGAAUGAAAAAAAGUAUUGUGAUCGCAUGGCCCAGAGUAAGUUAGAUAAAGAAAUUAAGGAGCAGUUGCCUGAGGGGGUUACUGAUACUACUCGCUGGAAGCAAACAGAGAGAGCUUGA